AUGAUUUUAUUAAUGGAAAUAUGUGGGUGGAUAACAAAUUAUUUAAUGAGAAUUAUCGUUAAUUCGGCAAAUGAUCAUUCAGUAAAUACUUGGUAUUUAAUUAAUAUAUCCACAAUUGCUCCUUAUAUUGCUAUGAGUUUAUCGCCUGUUUCUUUAUAUAUUUUUAGUUCUGAAUACAAUAAAGCAUUUAUUAACCAAUUUAAAUUUAUUUCAACACCAAUUGUUCACCCAACAAUUUGUCCAGUUAUUCCUUACAACCAAAUAAUUCCACCAAUAAAUUCAGCUUCUCAAUCAUCAAAAGAAAGAAUUCAAAGAGAACUUAAUAAUCAACAACAAUUAUUUAUUAAAAAAUAA